CGAACUUAUUGAGGUGUUAAGCUAGAAUCAUUUUCAAAAUUGAAUCUUAAGACGGGGAUGGAAGGAGUGCAUGGAGAUGCAAUGGAGAUGCAGGCAGAUUUGGCGGACACUCGUUGGCCAAUGCGGCGUAUACGUGAUAUUGCGUAUACUCUAUUUUGCUGCACGCGAAAGAAACGUGAUGAUAAUCAUGUACUCCCAUCAAGACAACGAGACGAGAAAGAGGAAAUAAACAUACAACCGAGACGGGCGUAAGCUGAUUGCUUCAGUUUGUAAUUUACUCGUCCCCAGACGAAGUCCACAAAUGUACAUAUGGAUGUACAAGUAUGUUAUGUAUGUAAGUUAUAUAGUGGCGGGCCCAUGACUUGAUUCCUGAUCAUAUAUCAAAGCUGACCGAGAACGGAAGUCCCUACAACAGCUGUCCGUGUCUGUGUGCUGGUGUGCUGGUGUGCUGGUGUCCUGUUGAUUUCCUGUCUUGCCAGCUGCUCAAGUGCGUAUGUGUGUUGUAUAUGGGUUCCUGUUCCUGAGGCUGAGUAAUGUCCGCCAACUGAAUAUUGCCCAGUGCUGUGGAAAACCCUUUCUUAGUCCAUCAAAUAUUUAUGUUUACUCAUAUUUAUGACUCACAGAAAAACGUUAUAGAUAGUUAUUUAUCCAAAGAUAACACUAACGAAUAUUAACAAUUAAAUUACUUCUCGGUUAGUGCAUCAACCCUUCGGCUUGAUGUCCCAUUCCGGUUUUUUGUCAUCCGCUUAGCACAGCAAAUUAGCAUUCAGCCAACAUGUGCUCAGCUGUCAGUCUGGAAAAGUCCCUCCCCUGUUUUCCCGCAUUUUCCGGCUAAGUGUGUCACAUUAAAUGAUACGCAACACUUGACACCAAAAUGGGCAAAAGAAGAAAGCUUGAACUGAAAGCCAAGGAAAUAGAGGAAAAUGGGGGGCAAAGCUAAACGAGUUACUUUAUUAAUGAGUUGAUGGGGGAAAAUCAAUAGGAGCACAUUCCAAACGAUUUUAAAUCACAGAACUACAUAUGCUACUGAAUAGGAAAACCCUUCGUUUGAUAAUUGGGGGAGUAGUAACUAAGACAAUAUAUAUAUAUACAUUUUUUCGAUUUAAAAUGUAACGUUAUGUUGCUGUGGUAUAUAUGUAAAUCAAGGGCCACAAAACGGAAAACGGAAGUUGAUUUCAAGUUUCUGUAGCCCGAGGGAACGACAAAGGUUUUAUGGAAAGGCAAAAAACGAAAAAAAGGGAAGAAAAAAAAUAAAAGAAAAGCGUCGGGGAAAACAAAUAGCAGUUGACUCAAGACAAACAAACAUGCAGAGGCCAAGUCAAGAGGUGACAGGAAACAGGAGGCGGAACGUGCUCAAGUUCGGGCGGCCCAGAUGAGGUGGACAGGACAAGUAGGCACUACGAAUUCCGUUUGCCCCCCUUCCCCAGUCCUUGUUAACACGUCAGGUCGAGGCAUUCGAUUUUGAAAUAACCCCCGCCCGAUACCACACCAAAAUUCUUAGUAAGAACUGAGAGCGACGGAUCGAAGAAGAGAUUGAGAUUUGUUUAACCAAAAUACUGAAAUUAUGCCCAAGUCCACGCAGAGAUCGCCAAUUAAAGUGGUUUCAAUGCCGCUUGGCACAAAACAGCCACAGUGCAAAAGGAAAAGUGCUGGCAAGUCGAAGCCGAAUGUACUGCAGAAGUCCGUUAAGAAGUCCUUGAAGAAGCCGCUCAAGAAGCCCAUGAGACGUUCUCCGCUGAUGCGAGCCGCCCUGCAGCCCACAGUUUUGGGCUUGGCCAAGGUCAGGCCGGUGAAGAAGUCGCAGCAAGUGACCUUCAAGAAGUCGCAUCGCCAGCCGCUGGACGCCCUGCAAUCCCUGGGCAUGUCCCGCAGGACCAAGCUCAUAGACGCCAGACCCCAGAGGACGGCCGGCGGUACUUCGGUGCUGUUUCUGGGCAAGGAUUCCAGGGUCUCCAAGGUGUCCAAGGUGUCCAAGAAUAUGAAGCACCCAGCGGCAGCAAGCGAAAGAAGUGCGUUACCCCGGAUGAAAAGACGGAUGGAACCCCGAUGGAUGAUGAAAGCCGAGACCAGGGCCACCGACGGUGUGAACUUCUUUUGCAAUCUCGGCGUAAGGAUGCAGCCGCUCACUCAGCGGACCCAGAAGGACCAACAGGUGGGACAACGAGGUGAAGCAGGAUUCAGGGGAAGAUUGGCAGGUGGAGAAGGAACUAGACUGGGUGACGGCAUUCUCCAAGGAACAGUGCGAGCCCCUCCCUCUGGCCUGUCAUCCCUAGUCGGCAAAGUGGCCGGCAUCGGUGCGUCUGCCAAUGAUGUGGUGGUCCCGCUGACCAGCCGACUGCCCAUCAUCGACUUUAUCUCCACCAAAGAGUUCCAAAAUAUGUCUGCCGCCUCGACUCGAAAGCCGAACUCUCGGAAAAACAUCCAUUUAUAGACGACCAAAGAGUGGCGAGCGUUUAAUGAUUAGUGACGAGUGGACAUGUAUAUACUUUUCAAAAUGGGCUUGCGGCUCAUUCUGCCUUUAGUUUUCAAGUCUAAUUUAUCCGUAAAUUGAAUGGAUUUACAUUUACUUUGCCAAAUGUUCAAAAAAAAAUUAUAUACAAUGGACGAGUGCACAUUGCUGCCAAGAAGGCUUAAAUUGUUUAAUAUAAUUACUUUCAAAUAUGCACAUUUUCGCAUUUUCGACAAUCUAUAAGGUCCAUAUAUGGUAAAUACUCCUCAAAAAAUCAUGCAGCCAAGUUAUUCACCUAGUCAAAUAGUAACGAGUAUAAAGUCUAUGGGUUAGGAUAUAAACCUGAUAUUCCAUCGAAGGUUCCUUUGGAAAUCCUGAUAUGGAUAAUGGAUUCGGUAAUCAACGGCUGUGGCAUUUCGGAACAAAAAACUUCUUUGCACAACUUUGAAACGAACGCGAAACAUUUUCAUUUCGGUUGGUUUAUUUGUACAUACCAGAAAUACAUAUUCCCAAAUGAAA